AUGGACGAAAUCACACCGGUCCCGGGCCCGGCCUCGAGCCAUGAGCAGCUCUCUGACCAUAGAAGAAAUUUCGAUGCUGUCGCUGCGCCAGCUUCGUUUGAAGACAUUUCUCGUGAUGUUCGAUCCGAAGAUGCUGUCCCCGACAGCCCCUUUGCUUUCUCAACAACACAGCUGCACAAGCUUCUGACAUACGGCAACCUUACUGCCCUCGAGGUAUUUGGCGGCCUUCGCGGCCUUGCCACUGGCCUCCGCGCAAACACAUCCGCUGGACUCAGCGCCGACGAAUUCCGUUUGACGGGCACACUCUCCUUUGACGAGGCUGUUAUGUCUGCUCGAGACAAUCGUGAACCCCAUAUUCAAGAGUCAUUGCCGCACAGGUCCAUCGGCCAGGGCCUCUCGCUUCGAAUCGGAGAAGAUCACGACAACAGCUUCAUCGAUCGCCGCCGCAUCUAUGGAGCCAACCGCUUACCCCGACGACCGCAAAAAUCGUUCCUCAGGCUCAUGUGGAUUGCCUUCAAUGACAAGCUCCUCAUCCUGCUUACAAUCUCGGCCUGUAUUUCUCUUGCCAUUGGCAUCUACCGGUCCGUCGACAACAUAACCAAAGACUCAAACAUCGAGUGGGUAGACGGUGUCACCGUUGUUGUUGCCAUUCUUGUCAUUGUCUUUGCGAGCGCUGCCACUGACUGGCAAAAAAACCACAAAUUCGAGAAACUCAAUCAACGCAAAUUGCAAAGAGAUGUUGCUGUCAUGCGCCAGGGCAGGAUACAGCAUGUCUCCGUUUACGAUGUCAUGGUCGGCGACGUUCUGCACGUCGAAGCGGGCGAGGUCCUUGCCGCCGACGGAGUCCUCAUCCAAGGUUCUGGCCUGCAUGUGGACGAAUCAUCCGUCUCUGGUGAAACUGAACUUGUCCACAAAACCCUUGCCAACGACCACGACCCUAUCCACGCCACCCAUGCCGACCCUUUCCUCUUCAGCGGCACCACCAUCUGCCGUGGCGUCAGCCAAUACCUCGUCACUUCGGUUGGCGCCAACUCUACAUACGGACGAACGCUUGUCUCGCUGCGAGAGGAUAUUGAGGAAACCCCUCUGCAAGCCAGACUUGGCCGACUUGGCAAACAGCUUAUUAUCUUUGGUGCUGCCGCUGGCUCCGUCUUCUUCCUCAUCCUCUUCAUUCGUUUCAUGGCCAACCUUAUCUUUUUAUUUUCUUUUGUUUUAGCUUUUUUUCUCGUCAUCUGGCUGCAUCUCUUUGUUGUUUUGUCUUUUUGGCUUUCUAUGGACUUUCUCUUAAUGACGUCUGACAACUGUGUCUAUUUGUGA